GCCAGUGACUGUAUGCGUAGGGACGGGGGCACGGAACUGCUGUAGGGUCGACGAAUAAUUGGUGAUGAAGGAGAAAGAUGUAAAUUAAAUAGCGGUUUUAGAAUUAUAGUGGUAAAUUGGCGAUAGUAGUUAUAUGUCGCCUCACGUUAAAGCGAAUGUUAUAUGAAGACUCGCGGAGGAAGUGGUUUAAUCGCAGUUAGGUAGCGAAUGUAGGAAGAGUUGGGGAGGGCUGUAGCUGCUGGGGUUUUUUUGGAGAGGGAAAACAACAUGGCUGCGGUGGAGCUCGAAUGGAUCCCAGAAACACUGUACAACACAGCUAUCUCGGCUGUGGUGGACAACUACAGCCGAUCAAGAAGGGACAUACGGUCGCUCCCAGAAAAUAUACAGUUCGAUGUCUAUUAUAAGCUUUACCAGCAGGGCCGGCUCUGCCAGCUGGGAGGAGAGUUCUGUGAGCUGGAGGUGUUUGCUAAAGUACUGCGGGCUUCAGACAAAAGACACCUGCUGCACCACUGCUUUCAAGCGCUAAUGGACCACGGUGUGAAAGUGGCCUCGGUUCUGGCAAACUCCUUCAGCCGCCGCUGCUCCUACAUCGCAGAGUCUGAUGCCCACGUCAAAGAGAAGGCCAUCCAGUUCGGCUUCGUGCUGGGUGGCUUCUUGUCUGAUGCAGGCUGGUAUGGAGAUGCAGAGAAAGUGUUUCUGUCAUGCCUGCAGCUGUGCACACUCCACAGUGAAGUCCUCCACUGCUUCCGGGCUGUGGAAUGCUGUGUCAGGCUGCUUCAUGUCCGCAAUGGCAACUGCAAGUACCACCUGGGGGAGGAGACCUUCAAGCUUGCUCAGUCUUACAUGGACAAACUAGCCAAACAUGGCCACCAGGCCAACAAGGCAGCGCUGUACGGCGAACUUUGUGCCUUGCUCUUCGCCAAAAGCCACUAUGAUGAGGCAUACCGGUGGUGUAUAGAAGCUAUGAAGGAAAUUACUUCAGGGCUGCCUGUCAAAGUAGUGGUUGAUGUCCUCCGGCAAGCCUCAAAGGCCUGCGUUGUGAAGAGAGAGUUUAGAAAAGCAGAGCAGCUGAUCAAACAUGCAGUGUUUUUAGCAAGAGAACAUUUUGGACACAAGCAUCCCAAGUACUCCGACACGCUGCUAGAUUAUGGAUUUUACUUAUUAAAUGUAGACAACAUAUGCCAAUCAGUUGCUAUUUACCAGACAGCGCUGGACAUCCGACAGUCUGUGUUCGGGGGGAAGAACAUCCACGUUGCCACAGCCCAUGAAGACCUGGCCUACUCCUCAUAUGUGCACCAAUAUAGCUCCGGGAAAUUUGACAACGCUCUGUUCCACGCAGAACGUGCCAUAGACAUCAUAACUCACAUUCUGCCUGAGGACCAUCUGCUGCUGGCUUCCUCCAAGAGAGUCAAAGCUCUGAUUCUGGAGGAAAUCGCCAUUGACUGCCACAAUAAAGAGACAGAAGAGCGCCUUCUUCAAGAGGCUCAUGACCUGCACCUCUCCUCACUGCAGCUGGCCAAGAAGGCCUUCGGAGAGUUCAACGUCCAGACAGCCAAACACUAUGGCAACUUAGGACGACUCUACCAGUCCAUGAGGAAGUUCAAGGAGGCAGAGGAGAUGCACAUCAAAGCCAUCCAGAUCAAGGAGCAGCUUCUGGGCCACGAGGACUACGAGGUGGCUCUGUCUGUGGGUCACCUGGCCUCCCUCUACAACUACGACAUGAACCAGUAUGAAGACGCAGAGAGGCUCUACCUGCGCUCCAUCGCUAUCGGUAAGAAGCUGUUUGGAGAGGGUUACAGUGGGCUGGAGUACGACUACCGAGGCCUAAUCAAACUCUACAACUCAGUGGGGAACUACGAGAAGGUGUUUGAAUACCACAACGUACUGUCUAACUGGAACCGGCUGAGGGACCGGCAGUUUGCGGUGGCAGAUGCCCUGGAGGACGUCAACACUACACCGCAGCAGACCCAGGAGGUGGUACAAGCCUUCCUAUUGGCCCAGAGCCUGGGCCCCACCCGCCCAUGUCUUGGCUGAUUUUAUGAGGGAAGAGAAAGAAGAGAGACACAUGGGCUUUAGCCUGGCGAGGACACAUACUAAGCCCAAAUGUGAUGCUUCAGUUGCACACAGUUAAAUAGUAAUGCACAGUCGAUUCAAGCAUCACUGGCGAGUCAGUUGGCUUUAUAGUCACUGCAGCUGCCAGUACAUACACAGACAUACACACACAUUUAGUUGUGGAAUUAAAAAAAGUAGAGAAGACACCGUUUUCAAACCUCACCGACAUUCAUUCAAACCAUCAAGAUGCAACUCCGGACUGGAUGCAGCUUCACCCCACAGAGCAGACAGUUGCAUUUCUCCAAGAGAAAGAGGACACACGACUUGAGGGAGGGGGGGGGAAAGUAAAAAAAAAAUGUUUAAAAAAUCCGUCAAUCAUCCUGUAAGGAUGACAAAUUCUCUCUCCUCCUUGUCUCGCUCACCUUAUUCUUUUCAGUUUGGAAUUGGAGGAGAUUUUUUGCUUUUUGUAUUUGAACCAGUGUAGUUCUGAAUGCCAUGAGACUCAUCCUAGAUCAAAACCAAGUUCUCCAGGGCUAUAUACAGGACAGUGUCUGGACCCCACACACAUCUGUGAAAAACUUGUUUUAACCCACAUCCUCCAUCAUCACUUGGGGGAUCAGAGAUGGAAAAAAUGUCAGAUAUUUUUGACACUUGUACAGUAAAAUAAUACAGCAGAUUGUACAUUUAAGUUUCAAUUGAAGGCUUUCUUGGUUCUUUUCUUUGCAAAGAAAUGAAAGUGGAUCCUAAUGGUGUUUUUCCAUACACGUGUGCUGGCUUGGCUCAGUUUGACAGCACAGCAGGGAUUUGCAUCUCCAUUAUAAACACAAGCCUACCCACUCGAAGGUGUCUUAAACUGCUUUUCUUGAGUCAAUGACGUUUAAACGCAGCACGCUGAUCCAUGGCUGUGACUAGAGGUCAAAAGAGUGGCGUUUCACGGCAAUGGGUUGGCUGCGGUCGGCGAGACGUCACCGCAACCCGCUUGAUGGUGGGUGAGGAGCACCUUGGCCCGACUCCGCAGUUGGUCCAUUUCGGGCGCGACUCGGCGUGUUUAAUCUAGUAAUGGAAAUGCAAAUCAGGAGCGGCUAAAAGUGCCGAUGGAAAAACACCAUAAGGGAACUCCUGUUUUGAACUGCUUGUUGGAGAGAGAUUACAGUACACAAGAACAGUGGAAUGUGUUCAACCAGUGGGUAUAUUGUUACACACAGAACAGGCUUCACAGGUCUUUUUUUUUUUUUUUUUUCCAGUAUAUUUUAUUUCUUUUUUUCAAGCUUAGUACUGACGAUAAUUAAAAAUGCCAAUAAUUUAUAAUAUGCAAAAGUAUGUUUAUGUAGCCCAUUGUGUAUGCUUUUCUUACUGAGUGAGCCAUGAAUUCUGAAGAAACGGCAACAACAACACUCUUACUCUAAAACAAGGGACUUGGAUAGGAUGGAAAAGAGGAAGAUGCUAAAUGUACAGAGGCUUAUAAGCCUCCAUUUAUUUGUUAACCUUAAGGUGUGGCUUCAUGUGUGAGUGUGUAUGUGUGUGUCAGUAUACACAGAUAAAACUCUGGGUGCCCAAGUGCUCCACUGAUGAUUACUAGCCUUACACCAGCUUGCAGUUAUCUGUAGAUGGACCCAUACUUCUAAGUGCUAAAUAAACUAUUAAUACCCUUAAGGGCACUACAA